GAAGUCCCAAAGAGCUUCCGGGGCUUUAAGGAGGAAGAAGACGACGGCGGUUUGAAAGAUGGCGGCGCACACGCAGAAGAACAACAAACCGGGCAAACCGGGAGGGAAGGAGGCUCAGCCGCUCAUCAUCGCCAAGACUCCGGCGGAGGAGCAGCGGCUGAAGCUGGAGCGGCUGAUGCGGAACCCGGACAAAGCGGCCCCGAUCCCGGACCGGCCGAAGGAGUGGAACCCGCGCGCUCCGCCGGAGUUCGUCCGGGACGUGAUGGGCUCGAGCGCCGGCGCGGGCAGCGGAGAGUUUCACGUUUACCGGCACCUCCGCCGCCGCGAGUACCAGCGGCAGGACUUCCUGGACAAGAUCUCCGAGAAGCUGAACCGGGACCAGGACUACCUGGACAAGGUGGAGCAGAACCGGCGCGAGGCGGAGGAGCGGACGGCCAAGCGGCGGAAGAAGCGCGAGAAGCUGAAGCAGAAAAAACUGAUGGCGAAGAAGAAGAAAGUGGAGGAGCAGCAGGAGGAGGAGAAGAAGAGCUCCGACAGCAGCGAGGAGGAGCAGGAGGAGGAGGAGGAGAAGGAGGACGACGCCGAGGCUCCCAGCUUCAUCAUGGGGAGGAAAUGACUCCUCCGCCUCCUGCAGGAGGACCGCGGGGACCUGCUGGAUCUCAGGGUCUGGACCCAGAGACGGACCGGAACCACCAGAGGCCCCACGAGACCAUAUCAUCAAAGUAUACUUAAAAUACUUAACGCUCUGAGACCCUUUAAGACCCACUGAGAUCCUUUAGGACCCGCUGAGAUCCUUUAGGAUGCUUUAAGACCCUCUGAGAUCCUUUAGGACGCUU